AGUGAAAGCAUGACGGGCGGCGAGCCCCGCGCUGGAGGCAGGAGGUCACUCCCCGACGAUGGAGUGGUCGAAGAGGGGCUGGGUCGUGUAGAGCCGCGCCGAGCUGGCAGAUGGAUCCGCAUCGACUCUCCGCGUCCGUCUGCGUCCUGACGGCGUGUCUCCUCGGAACGACGCGUCUCUCCAGCGUUGGCCACUGCGCAUGUCCAGAAAUUCCCAUAAGAAAAUUGACUUUGCAACCGGAACCUGGAAAUUGCUUCAAUGUCAAUUACACAUAUCGCUAUACGUGCAUUCCCGGUUUCGUGAGGAAGGCCGGAACGUCGAAUCUCAUCAAGUGCAGCAGUCAUUCGCAGUGGACCACUACCAAAUUUCCACUCGAGUGCAUACCUCAUCCAGACUCAACUCCUCCACUGACAACACACAUUCCAGAUGGUUCAAGCAUCACAACUGCGGCACUAAACCAACCAGGAACGUCCACCAGCCAUCCGAGUGGAAGAAGCUCAGCUACUGAAACUACAAGCUCAGCUAAUAUGGAGCAAAGUACAUCAGAAACUAAAAGCACAACCACAGUGGUUUCCUAUAAAACUUGGAGCUCCACGUACUCACCAAGUAGCCAUAGCAACGGAAGCAGCUCUAUGAAAGAAACCUCCACAGAAACCUCCACAGCAGCAGACACCACAACAAUUGGCGUCGCUUCAUCUGUGGUGAUCCUAUUAGUUUGCAUGAGUGGCGUCCUCUUCAUACUUUAUCGAAGGAGGAAACGGCCGAUUCCCCCUCAGGAAACAGAGGAGAUGCAGCCAAUGAACAACCCGUCUUGAGCCGUGAUGUAGAAUUUGUACAGAGUUUUUCAGAAGGACUGCAGAAAAGAGGAAGGAAGAACGAGCAGCCUGUAUUUAAAAAUGCCACUGUGAUAUCACCCUCAUGCUUGUGAAAUGCUGUUUUGAAACCUGGAAUCUGCCAUCUUGUCUACUUUAUAAACAUAUAGGACAAAUCAUCUGUAAAUAUGUUAUCUUCAGAUUUAAGAUUUAUUCAACAUAAUCUGCUGGAUGUCAAAUCUCUAAAAGGAAUAGAGGAGACUGGGGUAAUUUGAGCCAAAGGAUAAGUUGAUUUAUCAGUUGGAAAAAAACAAACAACAUUGAUCAUGUCACCAAAUAGGAGGAAUCAUUAUUUAAUGAAGUCUGACUGUUAGAACCGCUGUUGAAUUGUGCACAACUACGGCUUAACUCACCCCGCACUUAUGCUUGUUUUACCUCACAUGUGGG